AUGGGGUUUCCGGUUCUUGUUGUUACCAGCCGGAUAACCCAACCAUGGGUGGUUCGUAGAAGAGGAGGUGCGAUAGACGGAAUGCGUCAAAGAGGAAGACAACGUCGAGAGGCUGAUGGCGAGGGACAGCAGGGAGCUGAGAGACGACCAAAGCCAACCUUAAAGGUUGCUGCACAUGGUAGCAAAUUAAUAGGAUGGGUUCCGGCAAUGCUCCCAAGACAGAUGAAUGAUUGGUUAGUUGCAUCUGGUCUGUCAUCUUUGCAGUAUACUAGUUUGGCCAGGGUAGAUACACAUCUUUUAUUUGUUUUUGUUGAGAGAUGGCAUCCUGAAACAUCGUCAUUUCAUAUGUCGUUCGGCGAGAUGACCAUCACGCUAGAUGACGUUUCAUGUCUUCUUCAUGUACCGAUUAUGGGCGAGCUGGUUGACCCCGAUUUUGUUGUCACCGAUUAUGAUGCUAUCCAUAAUGCUGUUGAGUUGUUUGGUGUCUCUUUGAGUGAAGCAUCUGAGGAGGCUUCUUCCGUAAGGGGUCCUUACUAUAAAUUGGAUUGGUUGAAGCAAGUUUUUGAGCAACAAAGAGCUGCAAAUAACUUUACAGGUGCUAUGAGAGCAUACAUGAUGUUGCUAUUAGGUUGUACUAUUCUUGCUGACAAGACUUUUACUCUUGUCGAGGCAAAAUAUCUACCACUAUUUAGAGAUUUGGAUACUUGUGGAAGAUAUUGCUGGGGGGCAGCUGCACUGGUUACAUACUUAGUUUUCUCCAAUGAAUAUGAAUAG